GGUCAGAAUCCGGUAGGAACCUGAAACGUCUUGAAGUUGUCUGAAGAUUCUUCAAUCACUAUGUCAAGCGACACAGAUAUUUCUCUUUCUUCAUAUGAUGAAGAUCAGGGAUCUAAACUUAUCCGAAAAGCUAGAGAGGCACCAUUUGUCCCCAUUGGAAUGGCAGGUUUUGCAGCAAUUGUUGCAUAUGGAUUAUAUAUAUUGAAGAGCAGGGGAAAUACUAAAAUGUCUGUUCACCUGAUCCACAUGCGUGUGGCAGCCCAAGGCUUUGUUGUGGGAGCAAUGACUCUUGGUAUGGGCUAUUCCCUGUAUCAAGAAUUCUGGGGAAAACCUAAACCUUAGAAGAGGAGAUUCUGUCUUGGUCUUGUUGGUGGUGCUUGCUUUAGUUAGACAUCUCAUAUUGAGGUUAUAUGUUUAUGCUGAAAAUAAAUUGUUUGGGUCAGACAAGAACAUGGUAAUUUGAAUACUAGCUUCCUUUCUUGCAGGCUUGAUUGCCUGGUGACCAAGUUACUGGUGACUAGUUCACUAGCUAGGUAAUUCAGGAGAGUCAGAUCAGCACAAAAGAAACAUGUCACUUUUAAAUAUACUUGAUAGUGGUACCUGUCCACCUUCUUAAACUCUUCUGUUGAAAUUAGUUCUAAAGAAGACAACAUGCCAAUCCUGAAAAUGCUCCCAGUUGCUGCAGAAUAUCAUAUGCUUUUGAUGGAAUGUAGGAAUCCUAUUUACCCCAGUUAAUUUAACUUUCUGACGGCCUUGUGGACUGAGUACUGUUUUAAGGGCUGGUUGGCUCUUGAGGAACCCUUUCAGAACAGUGCAUGGAAUACAACAUUAUGAACCUCCCUGCAAGUCUGUGUGUGUUUUUAAACGAAAACUAAAAAGCUGGUAACAGAGCCACUUUGAAGUAGUAUUUAUUUUAGAAUCAUAGUUAUAAACAUGAGAGUAACUUAACUUGUGGAUCCCUUUUAGCUUUUUUGUAAUUGCAGAAUUAUAUUUUGCUGCUGUUAUAUUAGAAUAAUUUUAAAUUAUUUUGAAACAUGCAUUUUAAGAGCUAAUGCAAAGGUAAAUGAAAAACACU